GGCUCAGACAGAGGAAUCCAGAUGAUGACCUCGUUCCUGUGGUGAUGAGAGACACCAUUAGCUUCCUUUCAGAGCAAGGUUUGGAGAUUGAAGGCAUCUUCAGACGAUCUGCCAACGUGACUCUGGUGAAGGAGGUCCAGCUCAGAUACAAUUCGGGUGAGACGGUGAAUUUCAGAGAGAUAGAAGACGUCCACUUGGCUGCUGUGAUUCUGAAGACAUUCCUGAGGGAACUACCGGAGCCUCUGCUGACCUUCCAGCUCUACAACGACAUUGUCAACUUCACCUCUGUAUCCAGUGACAGCCAGGGGGAAAUUAUGAAGGCACUGGUAGAGUCGCUGCCAGAAGAAAACUAUGCAUCACUGCGAUACCUCGUCACAUUCCUGGCACAGGUAUCAGCCAACAGUGAAGUGAAUAAGAUGACCAACAGUAACCUGGCUGUGGUGUUUGGUCCUAAUCUGCUCUGGGGGCGGGACAACGCCAUGUCACUCAGCGCCAUCGGGCCAAUCAACAACUUCACCAGAGCCCUGCUGGACCAGCAGCAUCUGGUCUUUACCUAAACCCUACCCCUUCAUCCUGCAGUCUCUCUUCCAGUAAGAAGCACCAUUUCCCAUCUCAUUUUGUCCCCCACCAGUCCUUACAUUGUGAUUGGCCCAUUAGCAGUGUGUUGUUGGACUGCUGCUAGCUUCUAGCCCGCAUUUCCAAACCAGGCAUGUGGGUGGAAAUGGUACAUACAUUAGACUGCAGCCACAUAACCCUCAAUAAACAAUAGCACAAAAUUCUACAGCUAAUACGUUGUUGACUAACCAUCCACUCACACUGGGUCACUUUGACUAUGUUGGUUCCAGUGUGAAUGCAUGGUUAGUCUCACACAACCACUGGCUGCAGUUCGGUCACAUAGUACAUUUCUGACUCUUCCGCCACCCCAUUACACCCAACCAACCUUUCAAAACUUCCAGUCCUAAGUGCAUGUGUUUAUACCUGUCUCAGGCUGUCAUCCUUUAUCUCUGUAGGGAGAUUAAUAGCAGUUAGACGUGCCCAGUCAUGCUCUGUAUUCCUGUGCUGUGCUGUUGUCAGUCUGUCUCUCUGCUGUUUUCUAUGUAGUGCCAAAAAACUGCAUAAUCAACGAUAACACAGUGCAGUUAUCAAACGUCCCCUCUAGGAUUAUGAUCCCAAACUUAAAGAGAGGAGAGAUGAAGAGAAUGGAGGUGUGAAAGUCUCAGGUUAAAUUACAAAUGGUGAACUUGGUA